AAUGUGUUUUGAUAGAUUAGUUUCCUCGAGACUGUUCCUGCCAUGGAUGUGCUCGUAAAACUGCGUCAUUAUGUGCUCAAUUAAAUAACAAGGUUGAACCCGCAGUUUUAAUGAAUGUAGCGGCGCGCAUGGACCUCUCCGCCUCUCCUCACGACACUUGAACGCAUCAGACGUCCUCCACUUUACCAAGGUCCCCACUUAUUUCUGCCCUCGAUUUUACGCAUUAUUUUCUCGGACCCCGCGCACUUUUUCCAACUCCUGGAAAGUUUCCCUGGCGCCUGGAUAUGUGGUGGAUGCUCUUUCCCAGAUGGAUUUGGUUUUUAUUCGGGCAGCUCUGCGUCUUGCGCUUGGACUUGCGCGCCAGAGCGUUGCCAAUGCCAAUGUCAAUGUCCAAAGUGGUUUAUACACACGCGGGGAUGUGUCCGAACGAGAUGAACCCGAACCUGUGGGUGGACGCCAUGAGCACCUGCAUGCGCGAGUGUGAGUCCGAUCAGGAUUGUGAGCCAUUCGAGAAAUGCUGUUCAAACGUUUGCGGAAACAAGAGCUGCGUGGCCGCCCGCUACAUGGACCUCCGGGGAAGGAAAGGUCCGGUGGGAAUGCCCAAAGGGAUCACCUGCGACCAAUUCAUGUGCACGCAACAGGGUUCAGAAUGCGACAUCUGGGACGGGCAGCCGGUGUGCAAGUGCAAAGACCGCUGCGGACAGGAGCCCCGCUUCAUCUGCGCCUCAGACGGCAUGACCUACUACAACAAAUGCUAUUUGGAUGCGGAGGCUUGCACGAGGGGUGUCUCUCUCACCGAAGUCACCUGUAAGUUCCACCUUAGCUUCUCCAACACCAGCCCUCUACCGGAGGAGACCACCGUUCGCCCCACCACGGCUCAUUUGGAGACCACCCCUAUGGAUAUUCAAGCACCUGUGAUGGUCAGCAAUCCGGUGAACUAUUUCGUGUUCGUAGGCGAAACGGCUAGUUUCCUAUGCGAGGUGACGGGCAAGCCCAAACCGGCAAUCACUUGGGAGAAACAAAUGAAAGGCAAAGAGAGCACAGUGAUGGGACCCAAUCACGUGCUUGGAAACAUAGUGGUUACCAACAUCGCCCAGCUGGUUAUAUAUAACGCUCAAAUCCAAGAUGCCGGCAUCUACACCUGCACCGCCACAAACCCCGGCGGCACAGUGCAGGCUCAUUUCCCGCUCUCUGUGGUCCCCCAAGAACAGACCGAACCGAAGCGGGUGACGAAUUCCACACGCUUAACGCCCGAGGAGUGUUUGAAAGAUCCCGAUAUGGAUAUCUGCGGAGAGGAGGGUGUUAGUUGGUACUAUGAAUCCAAAAGCAACAACUGCUUCACCUUCACGUACAGGCAAUGCGACACGAACAAAAACCAUUUCGACACGUACGAGUCGUGCAUGUCGUCGUGCGGAUCGGAGCUUGCCACACCUUGCUCCUUACCGAGCGUGCAAGGGCCCUGCAAGUCAUACACGCCACGUUGGGCCUACAGUCACGCUGUCAAGAAAUGCCAGCCGUUCGUUUACGGAGGAUGCGGUGGAAACGAGAACAACUUUAAGAGCCAGGAAGCCUGCGAGGAGAUGUGCCCCUUCCCCAAGACCAAAAACUGUAAGCAGUGCAAACCCAGGCAGAAGAUGGUUUCGAGCUUCUGCAAGAGCGACUUCGUGGUCCUGGGACGCAUUUCCGAGCUGAUGGAAGAGCACGACUCCGCGCUCAUCACGAUGGAGGAGAUCUUAAAGGAUGAAAAGAUGGGGCUGCGGUUCUUCCGUCAGGAACCUCUGGAGGUGACGCUGCUCAACAUGGAUUGGAAAUGUCCCUGUCUGAACAUAACCAGAGCUGAGGGCCAGAUGAUCAUCAUGGGGAACGUUCACAACGGCAUGGCCGUCCUGCAGCCCAACAGCUUCGUGGUCGCCUCGACGGCACGGCGGGUUCGUAAACUCCGUGAGGUUGUCAACAAAAAGCCUUGUGAUAUUUUGAUGGAGUUCAGCAGCACGAAGUACUAGCACGAUGCAAAAACUGAGAGCAAAAACAACUACAAUCACGUCAUCACGACGGAGAGACGAAUUAUGUGAUUUUAACUUUGUGAACGACACAAAGACGUAUACUAGAUGGUUUCAUAUGAAAGUAUUAUCUUAUUUACAUCUACACGUUGUAGUGCGAGUAUUAUUUUAGUUUGACUAAAAAGCCUCAGAUGUUAAAGCCGACUCUCUGUACCUGUCUCGAAACGAACGCCUCGCAGGCCGUCACUGAAACUUCAGUGGAAACAGGUAGUUAAACGUUACUAACCUAAAAACGAUUUAUGCUUCGCUAAAAAUGCAUUACAUUCGAAAGCCAUGUCAAAAAAAAAACAUGACAUGUUAAAUACUAUUGCACCUUAUUUAAUUCACACUCAUAACACUUUGUUCUGUUUAUUUAUUUUAACACCGUAUUUUUACAUUACUACCAUAAGUUGAAACAGGUAGUCCUAUGUACGUGCUUUACAAAGUAUGUUACGUGUUUUUUUUGUCAAACCAUACA